AUGGAGCUUUAAAUAUUGAGCAAUAAGAAAUUAUAAAAGGACAUUUUAUAGAAAUGUCUAAAUUAAAAGAUGGGUAGAUUAAAAAAUAUUACAUAUUAUUAAAAAAAUGAAUUUGAAUAAAAAAUAAAUAAAUAUAAAUUUUUAACAAGAUCUUCAGGAAAUUUCAUAGGAUAAAGAGGAAUGCGUAAUGCAUUUAAACCUAAUAAAGAAUUUGGAUAAAAAUUAUAUGAUUUUUUAUCUAGCUAAACUUAAGAUUUAAAAGUUACCUUAUAAAUAUUCUUUGAGUUUGUCGAAUUCUUUUUAUAAGAUUAAAAUUCAUUAAAAUAAAAUGAAAACUACAAAAAUUAUUCUAUUACUGAGCUUUUUUGUUUAAUUUCAUAUUUUUCUGAAGAUAUAUAAAAUAGAAAUUAGGAUAAAGAAUAUAUAAACAGAUUAGGGUUUUCAUAUAGAUAAGGUUUAUAGUUUUUUAAAGAAAUGACUUUGCUAUUUAUGAAAGAUUAAAAUUUAAAAUUCGAAGAUAGAAAUGAUGCUGUACCAAAAAUAUUAAAUAAUUUAAUUUUUCACAUUUAGAAGAAAAUUUCAACAACGAAGAUGAAUUUGGGUUAGCGAAAUCAAGAACUAAUGAAUAAUACGGAAAAGAAAGAUAUGUUUUUGGAAUUAAAUUACCUUCCAGUAAAUAAGAUUAAGUUCAAACUAUAUUUUCGAUUAUGCCGAAUUUCCUUUAAUUUAAAAACCUUAAUUCAAAAGAGAAUACAUUUUUUUUUAAUUAGAAUGAAAUUAACUUUACUUCUUAAAAUAAUUCUAUUAUUUUACAUAUUGAUUCUAAUAUUGCUAAUAAUUCUUAUAUUAAAAGUUAAAACAGAUUACUUGUUCCUUAUAAUUAAUAAGAAGCUAAACUUAACGUUGAUGUAAUUGAAAUAUGGAUUUUAAACGAUACCCCAACUGAAAUGA